GUGCUCUCUGUGGAGUCCAUGGCGUAUUUAAGCGCGAGCGGCAGGGAUGAGUGAGCUUCCUGUCAAACCCAGACGUGACAGAUCAACUGAAGGCUCUCUGGCGCGUCUCAGAAAGCCACUCCACAUCCGUACAACGGGAUAUCACGGUGAUAAGGAGGAUACGGUGCCACGUUGGUCGUGUUUCCGAUGAUCUGUGCGUCGAAGUGGAGUUAAAUUGUCGCCUUUGGCUAACUGGCUAAAGCUAGCGAGCUGGCUGCCAGUGGGGAAAAAAUUGAAAGCGGAAGAGUGACGUGCUGGUUUACGAAAGCGGAAGUGCUGGAGUGCGGAUUUUUCAUCUGAAAGCAGGUUCUUCUCAGAAACGGAGGGAUGGAUGGAGACGAAAGAGCAACUUCUGAAAGGAUUCUUCUGGAGCCGUACAAGUAUUUGUUACAGCUGCCAGGAAAACAAGUCCGAACAAAACUCUCACAAGCGUUCAACCACUGGCUCAACGUCCCAGACGACAAACUUCAGGUGAUCAUCGAGGUGACGGAGAUGCUGCACAACGCCAGUCUGCUGAUCGACGACAUCGAGGACAGCUCCAAGCUUCGGCGCGGCUUCCCGGUGGCCCACAGCAUCUACGGCGUGCCGUCGGUCAUCAACUCGGCCAACUACGUCUACUUCCUGGGCCUGGAGAAGGUGCUGACGCUGGAGCACCCCGAGGCCGUGCACGUCUUCACCCGGCAGCUGCUGGAGCUGCACCGCGGCCAGGGCCUGGACAUCCACUGGAGGGACACCUACACCUGCCCGAGCGAGGCCGAGUACCGCGGCAUGGUGCUGCAGAAGACCGGCGGCCUCUUCGGCCUCGCCGUGGGCCUCAUGCAGCUCUUCUCCCUCUGGAAGCGAGAUCUCAAGCCCCUCUUGGACACCCUGGGGCUCUUCUUCCAGAUACGGGACGACUACGCCAACCUGAGCUCGACCGAGUACAGCGAGAACAAGAGCUUCUGCGAGGACCUGACGGAGGGCAAGUUCUCGUUCCCCACCAUCCACGCCAUCUGGUCGCGUCCCGAGAGCACGCAGGUGCAGAACAUCCUCCGGCAGCGCACCGAGAACGUGGACAUCAAGCGCUACUGCGUGGACUACCUGGAGAAGGUGGGCUCGUUCGCUUACACCCGGAAGACGCUGCUCGACCUGGAGGCCGAAGCCUAUCGCUUGAUCGCCGAGCUCGGGGGAAAUCCUGAACUCGAGGCUCUGGUGCAGCAUCUGAGUCGCAUGUAUAAAGAGCAUGAGGGCGGAGCUUUGGAAGAGCUCGGGGGCGGGGCUUCGAACGAGCUAGGGGCGGGGCUGCAGGCAGGCAAUCGAAAGAGCUCGGGGGCGGGGCUUCGAAAGAGCUCGGGGGCGGCCAAUCAAAGCGAUGACUUUGCACUGGGAACAAACCCGACUCCACUGCAGUUGCCUUCAGUUCAAAGUCUGUCGUUUCUGUCUCGUUCACAUUUCAAGGCGUUGCAGCUCGCACAUGAAGAGUAACAGGACCUCUCGGUAUGCGAUAUCUGGUCAGUAUUUAUGUCCUGUAAUUAGCAUCUAACGAUGGACGGAGGCUGCUUGUUGCAUUUAUAAAUGAACCGGGAAGAAACAUUUAAAGUUUAUACCAUGUCUGCCGUUUCACCACCAAAUCAAAGCAAAUGCAUUGUUUUGCUUAAUAAAUAAAAUAAAGGCGUUUUUUUUUUUUUUUACUUUUACUUUUUUUAUUAUUUAAAUAUUACUAUUACAGUAUCUGUCAAAUAAAACAAACACUUUGCAUUCAUACACUGCAAAAAGGCCUUCAUUUUAUUAAAACUAAAUAUUGUUCUCAUUUUGUAUUGUACCAACAAACAAUUUAUUAAAAUUGAGAAUUAUUAUUAUUAUUAUAUUAGAACAUCUGCUGUACUGAUGAGAUUUAUUAUAAGAAAUAAUAAAAAUAAAUUUUAUUUAUUUUUGCUGAUGAUUUCGGGUGGAAAUGUGGCAGAUGUUUUUUGGUGAAAUGUCUUUCUCUGUAAUAAAAUAAGACACGAAAGACUUUCCCAAAAGGCAUAACGGUGUCCCGUGUGUUUGCGGUGAAUCUCACUCGACGCUCGAACACCUCUGAAAGAGUGAACCGAGACGAGAUCUCACAUGUUUGCCGUUUAAAAGCUCACCUUUUUUCACCUUUGAACAAACAGACGGUGGUGUGUUAUUCAUUCUGUAUAUGCAGUUUUACGUUUUGGAUGUUUUUUUGUUGUUGUUGUUGUUUUUUAAUAACCAUUCUAUGGAUAAACACUUUCGUACACUUAUCUUAA